AUCCUUCCACAGAGUAUAGCAUCGUCAUAAACGCAGAUAACAAAAAACCUUAUCUUCAACAUUCUAAUUGUGACCAUAAAAUUGAGAUCACUUCUGCUUUAUUAAACGACAUGACACAAUCGUAUGUAACAAGUGGUCAAACUUAUCAAAUGACUAAUAAUAG